AUGGAAGGAGAAGGAGAGGGUGUACCUCUUCAAGAUUUAAAUAAUAAUAAUAAUAAUAAUCAAAAUAAUCAAAAUCAAAAUGGUGGAGGAGAAGGAUCAUUAUCACCAAUUUUAACACCAGGUGUUGAAGGAGGAGGAGAGAUAAAGAUUGAUCCAAGAGAUCGUAGUGAUAGUUUAGUAUUUUCAGAAACUGGUACUCAAUAUACUGAUUUCAAUACUAAAAAGGAUGACAAGGACGGUAAAGAUAAAGAUGACAAAGAUAAAAAGGAAGAAGUAGGACCAAUGGUUGGAUUCUUUCAAUUGUUUAGAUUUGCCGAGCCAUUGGACAUGUUGUUUAUGAUUAUUGGUUCGAUCAGUGCCGUUGGUGCUGGUGUUGCCAUGCCAGCCUUGUCCAUUGUAUUGGGUCAGGUGAUGGACGCCUUUGCGCCAUCCAAGUUCCUCGACGAGUCGUACAGUCUCUACGACGACGUCUCUAAAAUCUCUGUCUACUUUUUGUACAUUGCCGCCGGUAUGUUUGUACUCUGUUAUGCCGAAGUCGCCUUUUGGACCAUGGCUGGUGAACGUCAAUCGGUUCGUUGUCGCAAGCUCUACUUUAGAGCCAUCCUUUCACAAGAAAUUGGUUGGUACGAUAUCACAAAAGCAUCUGAACUUUCAACUCGUAUCGCUUCAGAUACUCAAUUAUUUCAAGAAGCUAUUGGUGAAAAGGUUGGAAGUUUUCUUCAUUUCACAUCAACAUUUAUUUCUGGGUUUGUUAUUGGUUUGAUUAAUGGUUGGCAAUUGGCUUUAGUUAUUUUAGCUUUGACACCUUUAUUGGCAGCUGCUGGAGCAUUUAUGACCAAGAUGAUGACUGAUUUGACCAAGAAGGGUCAAGACUCUUAUGCCAAGGCUGGUGCUGUUGCCGAGGAAAAGAUUGGUAGUAUUAGAACGGUGGUCACCUUUUCAGGUGAGGAACGUGAGUCUCAACGUUACUACGAUCGUCUUGCAGAGGCUAUGGUAGUCGGUAAAAAGAAGGGUGUCAUGAAUGGUAUUGGUAUCGGUCUCGUCUUUUUCAUUCUCUUUGGUAGUUAUUCGCUAGCCUUUUGGUAUGGAAGCAAGUUGAUUGCCGACGGCUCAUGGAAUCCAGUCAAGGAUCAUGCAUGGACCGGUGGUGAUGUGCUCACAGUCUUUUUCAGUGUGAUUAUGGGUGCUAUGGCAUUAGGCCAAGCUGCUCCAUCAGUCACCAACUUUGCCAACGGUCGUGGUGCCGCCCACAAAAUCUUUGGUGUCAUUGAUCGUCAAUCCAAAAUCGACCCAUUCUCCAAAAAGGGUAUUGAAAUCGCUGCUCAAGGUAACAUUGAUUUCAACAAUGUAUCAUUCUCUUAUCCAUCACGUCCAGAUGUUAAAAUCUUUAAUGGUUUUAAUUUAUCAAUUAAACAAGGUCAAACUGUUGCAUUGGUUGGAGAUAGUGGAGGAGGUAAAUCAUCAGCAAUUGCAUUAUUGGAAAGAUUUUAUGAUCCAGAGGACGGACAAAUUCUUUUGGAUGGUGUUGAUAUUAGAGAAAUCAAUGUAUCAUCGCUACGUUUGAAUAUUGGUUUGGUUAGUCAGGAACCAGUGUUGUUUGGUGUGAGUAUAGAGGACAAUAUUAGAUAUGGUAAUGAAAAUGCUACGAUGGAGCAGAUUAUCGAUGCUUCUCGUGCUGCCAAUGCUCACGACUUUAUUUCGGCGUUGCCAGAGGGCUACAAAACCCAAGUUGGUGAAAAGGGUGUGCAAAUGUCUGGUGGUCAGAAACAACGUAUUGCUAUUGCCCGUGCUAUCAUCAAGAACCCCAAGAUUCUCCUACUUGACGAAGCUACCAGUGCUUUGGACAGUGCCAGCGAAAAGGAAGUACAAGUCGCACUGGAUAAUGUCAUGAAGGGUCGUACCGUCAUUGUCAUUGCUCACAGACUCAGUACCAUUGAAAACUCUGAUAUCAUUGCAGUUGUUAGAAAGGGUCAAAUCAUCGAACAAGGUACCCACGACGAAUUAUUGGCCAAAGAAGGUGUCUACACUAGUUUGGUACGUCGUCAACAAAGUGGUGGUGACAAGAAAGAACAAAAGAAAUCGGGAGUCAAGGAAAUUGAAAAGGAAGAGGAAAGGGAGACUUCAGAUUCCGCUUCAUCAUCAUCGGUCGAAGGUGAAUCAGAUGAAAACCUAACAGCCGGUGGAAAAGGAAAGAGAAAGAGAAGAGGUGGAAAAGGAAAGGGAAAAAAGGGUGGUAAAAAGAAAGAAGAAAAGAGUAAAGUACCAAUUAUGCGUAUUGCUAGAAUGAAUAGAGUCGAAUGGCCAUACUUUGUAACUGGUAGUGUUGGUGCACUGAUUAACGGUACUAUUAUGCCAAUCUUUGCUAUCAUCUUUUCCGAGAUUCUAAAGGUAUUCCAAACACCCGACAUUGAAGAUAUGAAACGUCGUGCUGCUCUACUUGCCAUGUGGUUUGUCAUUUUGGCCAUUGGAUCGGGUGUUGCCAACUUCCUUCAAAUUGCUUCGUUUACUUAUAUCGGUGAGAAGCUUACUCAUCGUCUACGUCAUCAAUCGUUCCGUUCCAUCAUUCGUCAAGAUGUCGGGUGGUUUGACUUGCCCGAAAAUGCAACUGGUAUUCUCACAAAUGACUUGGCUACCGAAGCUACUCAUGUCCAAGGUAUGACUAGUCAGCGUCUCGGUCUAUUGCUCCAAAAUUUAGUCACUACCAUUGUCGGUCUCAUCAUUGCAUUUGUCGCAGGUUGGAAGUUGACUCUAGUCAUUUUAGCUUGUGUCCCAGUCAUUGGUUUUUCGGCCAAGGUUGAAAUGGACUUUAUGGGUGGGUUUAGCAAAGAAGGUAAAGAGUCGUACGGCAAGUCGAGUCAAAUCGCCACUGAAGCCAUCUCGGGUAUUCGUACCGUCGCUGCAUUCAAUGCCGAGGAAAAGAUCUAUGGUAAAUUCGAGUAUGCGCUCGCCGACCCCAUCCGUCUCUCGAUCCGCAAGGGUAAUGUCGCCGGUGUCGUCUUUGGGUUUACUCAAGCAGUCAUGUUCCUCGUCUGGGCACUCGGAUACUGGUACGGAGGCAAGCUCGUCAACGACGGCGAGUGGAAGGCCAAGCAAAGCACACUCGACGAGUACUGCCAACCCGGCAACAUUUUUGGCGACCGUUGCGAAGAGGUCUGGGACACUAUUGAGGGUUUCGGACAGAUGCAACGUGUCUUUUUCGCCAUUGUCCUCUCAGCCAUGGGUAUUGGUAAUGCCAGCGCCUUUGCACCCGAUAUGGCCAAGGCUACCACUGCCACCAACGCCAUCUUUGCACUCAUUGACCGUGUCUCCAAGAUCGACCCAUUCGCCAAGUCGGGCCAACCCAUCAGUCCGGCCGACGUCAAGGGUGACAUCAAAUUUGCCAACGUUCAAUUCGCCUAUCCAUCACGUCCCAACCGUCAAAUCUUUGCCGACUUUACACUCGACAUUCCAGCUGGUAAAAAGGUUGCUCUAGUCGGUGACAGUGGAGGUGGCAAGUCAACUGUCAUCUCUCUUCUGGAACGUUUCUAUGAUCCAAGUGCCGGUAGCAUUACAUUGGACGGUAUCGAAAUUAAAGAUAUCAAUUUACUUCAAUUACGUGCAGUGUAUGGUUUGGUUGGACAAGAACCAUUCCUCUUUUCAGGAACUAUUCUUGAAAACAUUCGUUAUGGUAAACCAGAUGCUACUCUUGAAGAAGUGAUCGAUUGUGCCAAGGCUGCCAAUGCUCACGACUUUAUCUCUGCACUUCCAAACCAAUAUGACACCCAACUCGGUGACAAGUUUACUCAAUUGUCUGGUGGUCAGAAACAACGUGUUGCCAUUGCCCGUGCUAUCAUUCGUAACCCCAAGAUUCUAUUGUUGGAUGAAGCUACCAGUGCUUUGGAUACAGUCAGUGAAAAGGAAGUACAAAUUGCCCUAGACAAUGUAAUGAAGGGUCGUACCGUCGUCGUCAUUGCUCACAGACUCAGUACUAUCAUCAACGCAGACAUUAUCGCUGUAUUCAAGGGUGGUCGUAUCGUCGAACAAGGUAGUCAUCAAGAAUUAUUAGAAAUGAAUGGUUAUUAUACUAAAUUGGUUUCAAGACAACUUUAA